AUGUCAACGAUUAAUUUUAAGGAGUUUCAUAUAGAUUAUGAUGAGUUUGAAGAAUUUAAUCUCAUUAGAAUGGGAGGUUCAGGAGUUGUUGGAAAAGCCCGAUGGAUAAAACAUAAUAAAUACAUCAUCUUAAAGCAGAUUGUACCAAAAGAAAAUGAGCCAGAAAAUAAAGAAUUCGCUAAAGAGUUAUCUAAUAACGCUAAUGUUACUUGUGUGAUGCAUCAUUUAGCGCUUACUGCUGCGCCUCAAGUCCUUUUCCUAGUAUUAGACUACGCGGAUCUUGGAGAUUUGGAAUUUUAUUUGAGUAAUAAUAAUGAUUUGAAGUGGGAAAAGAAGAUUUAUAUUGUUCGAGAAAUCGUGUGUGGCCUAAAUUUUUUACAUAGUAAGAAAAUUUUGCAUCGUGACUUACAUGCCGGAAAUAUGCUCAUUAAAAGUAGCAGUUCUGAGUACGGCAUUGAAGUUCUUAUUACUGAUUUUGGACUUUCCAAAGUUGCUUCUAGUCAAAGUGUGUAUGACUACCCAUCUGAUAUAUAUAGCCUUGGUGUAAUAAUGUGGGUAAUUUCAAAUAAUGGUAAAAAAAUAUUUGCAAAUGUUGGUGAUACAGAGGUGAUUUCCAAGAUAAUAAAUGGAGAGCGGGAAAAGCCAAUUGAUUAUAUUUAUAAUACGAUACAUGAAAAGGAUAUGAUAUCAGGAAAACUAUGGAAAGAAACAAUAUCUAAUGAAAAUACUACAAUAUUACAUGUAGAACCUAAUGAAUUACCAUUGACGAACAAUAUUUCAAAAAACAUAGAUAUUAAAAAGGUCAUUAAUGAUAUUAAUGAUCUUCCAGAUGAAACAGUUGAUUUAAUAGCUCAGAUACCAAAAAUAAGAAAUAUAGUUUUAAAUCAGAAAAAUUUAGAUAAAUUGAAAGAGAUAUUAGCUCAUAAAUGGAAUAAUCAUAGGUAA